GUGGCAGCGAGUACGUCGUCUCAGGGUGACCGUCACAUAUAUACUUCAUAGCUCUGUUGUGUACUCGGUUACUGACGUCUACAGUUGUGUCUGCUUAUACUGAUGGAGCCGAGCUUGUCAAGCGCAUCAAAGAGAAGAGAGAAGCAAAGAGGAGAAGAUCAGCAGAGCAAAAAAUACAGGACCUUGAGCGCUCUUUGGCUAGCGGACCGCCAGCAGUUCAGACCGAGUACGACAGCAAUUUCCGCAGGUUCGGGGCACAGUAUGAACAGGGAGAUCAGAUUGCCCGAGAACAGAUGAAAGAUAUCAUUAUCAAGCUCCAGAUGGCCCUUCUAAAAAGUCUAAGCGGGUCAUCAAAUGGCGAUGUCGAGGUCGACUUUGUCGUCCUACAGACGGUUUCGGAAGAAAGUCGAUUCAGCGCUAUCAGGGCUCUUUAUGAGUUAUAUCAGAGGAUGGAAGCAGCAGCGCCGAUACGGGUAGGGCCAGGUGCUAUGUUAAUACCUGGAGCGAGGGAUCCUCAGUUCAUCAAUCCGUUUUCUUCCUCACUGACAGAUCAGUUCCCCUCUAUCGCUGAACCCCAGGGUCCCGCGCCUGGUCGAAGGACUGCAUCAUUCAGCUCAUUCUUUGCGUCGAAGAGACGGUCCUUGAGCGGUUUACUACCCUCGAGUCGACAAUCCCGCAUUACUCCUGUUAGCGAAAUAGAUGGAGAAGGAGACAGCAGUGUGAGGCGUAACGAUACUCCGUCACUAUUGCAGAUGCCGGAACAACGUGACCGCGAGCGACGUGCAACCGCCAGAAGACAGACCUUGUCCUCUUACGCGGACCAAUUCUUGCCUCCAGAGGAAGACAAUCCAUGGACGAAAGAAGCCUCCAGUGAGGACGAAGAUAGCUCUCCACCUUCAAGCCACCAAAGCGGAUCAGACCAAGUCUGGGGCGAUCAUCCUCAAGACCCCCCUUUCCAUGGCGGAGAGUCUCCUUCCAAAGAAGAAUCGUCUCUCAACGGGACAAUUGCCGUCCUCAGCGGUGUAUCAAUAACACUUUACCUUCCCUGCGAGGCGAAUAAGUUUGCAGGCUUCUGUAGAGGCGCAGGCAAGCUGCAAGAUGGAGACAAGAAUGCCUUCAGAAAAGCAACUCGCCCUGCUGGAAUGUAUAAUGACAUCCCUUUCUGGCAAUGUCGGAGUUGUCCCUACGAAGGCCUAAUGGUCGGAGGAGCUGCCAAAUCCACCCGAGCAUUCGACCAUAGUGUGCACAUCCAUAAAGCCACCGGGAUCCGUUACCGCUGGGUCUUCCUGGCGAAAUCACACGUCACCAAGAAGAUAUUUGGCUGCAUCUUCUGCUGCGCGGAACGCAAAACACAAUGCGAGAAAUUCGAAGACAUAUCCCCCUUCAUGGACCAUCUUCUCCAGAAGCACCGUCAUGCUGUCCCUGGGAUGGAAGCAUUGCUCUAUCGAACGAAGUGUAUCCUCGGCCGGGUAGCGGACGUGACGGAGGAUUUCGAUAUCAAUAUCCCACCUGAGACUUGAGGUUCCCGCGUCUAUUAAUUAACCUUUCAAUAUUAUCCAUCUAUGGAUUCUGAUCCUUCUGCUAUAAUUGUUCUUUCUGAUUUUCGGACUAUCAUUUACAUUCUGCCAUUUUGCGCGCACCUAUUUCCCCUAGUUGAUUGUGGCUCGUUUUGCCAUGUAGCCGUAUACCCACUACGGCGUUAGGGUGUUUCUCAUCGUUCAAAAGGAAUAUCUAGUUCUAUACACACAGAGAAGAGAGUAUCAUUAAUACAAGUAAUCUUAGCAGUUCAGAAAGCCACAAUAGUAAAAGAAG